AUUCAGCAUUUGGAAGACUCGAGACACAUGAAAAUAUUUUUUGCAAUUUCUCGAAUGUUAUUGUAAUUUAAAUUUUACCACUAUUGUGUAUAUUUUAAAAAUUAUACUUACUUCCUACUAUCCCUUAAGUCUUCAGUGUUGCAAAACGAACUUUCUGUAAGUUUGUUACAUUACGAACUCACAAUUUUUUUACUCCAGUUUCAUUGAUUGUCCAAAUGUGCUCUUAAUUUGCCAUCCAUUAAACACGAAUUCAAAUUACGUAAUUACGUAACACCCACCCACCUAUCCUCAUCUUCAUUUCACUUCGCCAGUGUAUCGAUUUUAUGAAACACAUUCAUUAACAAACCUCCAGCACGCGCACAGCACAGGGAGAAAAACAGUUAUACAAAAUCGCGAAGAAAGCAGACCAUCCUUUUGCACAAAUCGCGAUCGUAACCGUGCAUUACGCGGUUUCACCUCACUGAUGUCACUGUCACAUUGCCUCAUCCAUCCGUCAAUCCGUUCCUACGGCCCCCUUGGUACGCACCAGCGUAUGGUGCGUGUGCUUCAUACCCGAUGUCCCGAUGUCCGGGGUGGUGAUUCGCUCCUCUGCAUGCCUAAGUCAACCAAUUUCCUGCCAAUGUGAGUGCAUCGAACGAAAAUCGAAAGUCGAUCAGGCCAGACUUUCCAGGGCAGCAGACUGAUGGGACACAUGCACAAUUACCGACGUUCCUCUUUCUUUUGCGUUUGCGUCGUGUUGAUGCCAUUUCGCACAUUAAUGGUGCCCCAGAGUUCUGUAGGUUAGCUUCUGGUUGGGAAGCUUUUUUCCCGUUUCGGAGAUUCGGAUUAUCCAAUUUAACCAACCGUGAUGUCAUCGAGAGAGCAAAAAAUGAUGGCAUAUUAUUACUUCAUCGUCAGUCAGUAUAGGUGGCAUGGUGAAUCACUUCAUAAGAACACAGUGAACUGGUACGAGAAAGCUUGUAAUGUUGUUAGCGGGCGGAUGUCACCGUUCCAUUAUUUCAGUUACGUUGACAGGUCUCAGUUGUGUGUAAAAAGCCCAGUAAAACAUAAUUUCAUUUCGUGCUUUCCUUCUUCCCUAUCCAAUCUCAUUGAUUGUAUCGUAAUUUUGGCAUUAAAAGUUCCUACCGAACAUUACCGUGAGUUCCUGGCCAAUACUGCAAGCAACCGUUCGGAAUUAGUUCGACCCCAAACAGUUGACUUCCUUCGCUAAUAAGGUCACAACCUUUAGUUCAGCAUCCGUUCGGAAAGCUCAUUUAGGGUAGCAAAAAGCACGAUCAGAGCGAACCAUUAAAAAUAUAUAGCCUUAUUGAGCAACUACAGGCAAAGACUAUUAGACAACCUAGUGGCACCUGGACACGCACCGUAGGUUAAAGAAGGCAAUUGAGUAGGCGUGUUAUGGUGCAAAAAUGCUCCAUUAUGCGAAGGUCAAAUACUCCAUUGCGGUGAUUUAAAAGUAGUAGUUACACUGAAGAUAUCUGAUUAGAACAACACCACUGGAGUGCUUCUAGCAUCUACACAGCUGCAAGUCUUGAACCUUGAGUGGCAUGCGGAAAUUAUAAUAAUAACGGUCGAAUUAAAACAUGAAUUAUGUUCUAUCGUUUACAUAGCCAGUCUUUACAGCGCCUGGUAUCAGGUUUCAGUGGCAAGAUAAACGCCACCAUUUCAUCGAACUAGCAAUUUCAACCCUGGGCAAUGUCUUAAUCUUGCCGUAACGCGUACUAACCACGCAAAGCCAAACCGCGCUGGUCAGAAUUCGUUUCGAACGGAGUUCAAGAAACCUCAACUAGCUAGCAUAAACGCGCUCUGUUAUUAGUAUGUCACCUGCAAAGCAAAAAUCGAGCGGUGGAAAAUUCCACCGAGAUCGUGUCCCGAUCAAACACCUUCCGGCCCGUUACCGGCCACCUAACUUACCUACCAGUUCUAGUGAUCGGAUCGUACGAUCGAGUUCUUCGCACCGCAACAUGGAGCAACUGUUUGCAAAAAAAAGGAAAGAAAAAAUGGGAUCAAUCUAGCAGCUGGACGACCUUCGAGUAGAUAUGUAGUGUGCAAAAAAAACCCCCGCUGUAACGACCAGUUAAGCAAGCAAACUAAAUCAAGCGUGUUCGUAUGUGUGAGGAACGUAUAGACAGGAGCUACUUUUACUUCCUGAAUUAUUCCGUCCGUACCAGCCCAUAUCGAAUAACGAUUGUUUUAUUAAUGGCGGUUUGACAUCCACAUCUGCGAUCGUCUGAUCGGUGAUCAUUAGCGUACCAUGGGAAAAGAUUCCUUGGGGAUUGACUUCAUGUUCGUCGUGUUCUUUGAAUGUCUUUUAGAACGUGUAAAAGCGCCAUCUACUCUGUCACGCACAAUCUGCUCACUUCUGGAAAGCCUUGGACUUUAGAUAUGUCUGUUCCAGGUUAAUUCCUUCUUGGUCAUAUCAUGGAUGACAUUCAAGGCGAUCAAAAUCGGACGUCAACAUCAAGUCACUGUGUACACACGGCAUGGCAUGUUUUUUUCCUGCCCGAUUCCCCUCGUCUACAGGCGAAUUUCGCAUGAUGAGCUGCGUCUGACCUAAAAAUGGAGCACUCGGAAUCGGUAACAAAGUAGUGAAAAGCAAGUGGCCGACCCGCACGCGCUACCAGCAUGACCGUCGGUAGCCGGUUUGCAGCGUAAAGUGGGCCAAAAACCAUGUUCCGCUACGACCGGGCCGACCUAUCUAGGACAUUUGGGGGAGGUACACCAGUAAAUGCUUGAAGAAAAAAAAACCAUCGCUUUGCGCAUUGCGCCUGACCUUCAAACUUGUUUCGGUGCUGUUAAUAACAACCUUUUGCAGUCAAUCAAUAAAUAACAAGUGUCCGUGGCCGAUGCAUUCAUCCCGCGGUCCGGAUAGAUGUCUACAUUUUUAAAAUCCCAAUGCGGGAUGGUAUUUUUUGUUGUUGCUGCUGUUGUUGUAGAUGAUCGGGAACAGUUGAUUGAUGCUAGGCCCCGAUUUAUCAUCAAUCUGGUACAUGAGAUACUAUAAUACCCAGGCACUGUUGGAUGCUACACGAGCCACAGGGUGGUGCGUGUUGCUGGUAGAAAUGGCUUUGUAGUACAACUUCCUGAUCUACACGAUCUACGAACCACUGGGCAAUUUUUGGCGUGGGGCGAAGAAGAUUAAUUGAUCGACCUGCCCGGAUCACUAUGCCCGGUUGUAAGGUGGUGGAUUGACUUAUUAUGCCUCACAGCUUUUGGUGGGAAUUAUUUAUGAUCCCGGUCACAAUGGUGUCGUGUUUUCUAUUGUGAUGUCGCACUGUGGCCGGCCUAUAAUUAUAGCAGAAUCAGGACCUUUUCGCUACAUCCGUGAGUGUGGUGAACAUCAGUUUGGGACUGAAAUUGGGACCAGGGAUGAUACUCCUAAAUGGACAAUAACAUUAUCAAAACAGCUAACGGGUCGAGGCAUUCAUUACCAUCCUAUUACGUUUUAUUAGGUGAUAGACUAAUAAAUCUCUUCCGUUUAACCUUUACCCAUGUGUAGUACCCGAGUGUUUGGCCCUAUUAUAGGCUCAUCCAAUUUUGCUUAAACCUCUACCUUCAUCAAUCACACCCUUCGAGGAAUUUCGAAUCAAACAAUUCGAGGUUACGUUCGAGAUGUACCUUUUCUUUAUUUUUUGUUUUGCUCGCUUCACUUCAACCAUCAGCAGACAUUAAUCGUUUUUUUCGAUCUUCAAAACGAUCGAAUUAAGUGUGAGUGGCCACAUACCCUGCAAUUAUCACCCUGUACCUGAACGACGUGCGUCUUAGUCUAUCGGGCUCGAACUCGCUUGAAACAAUGGCACGAUCUUCACAUCUCACCUCGGUGAGCUCUUCGAGCGAUUCAUCUACAUAGAAAUACAUAAUUAGUCUGAAGGAUUUUUGGUUGUUUGUUUUUCGAACCACUAGUAGCAUCAUAUCGCUAUGCAGAUCUGAAGUGAAGAAGUGACCUCGUAAAUAUAUCAUCUCAUUAUUCGAUGGCGCCAACAUAAGCGAUUGGUUCAAUUGCGACGCACUCGAUGGUGUGUGACCCUUCCGUGUAGCUUGCCGCAUGUUUCGAGGGCAAGGUUCUAUCCGGUCCUUUUCGUACGUAAAGGUCAAUCCAAUCAAUCAAUACGGAUUCACACUAACCACACCUCGUGGAGCUGUGAACUGUUUUUUUUUCCUGGGCGUGUAUUUUCCUGACAUAGACCUCGAAUCGUCGUAUCGACCCAUCUUCAUGUGAUGACGGUGUUAGAAAACUUACCACAUUGUUAGUACACUAAUUUGAUUCUCCAACGAUCUGCUCCCCAAAAAGGUACAAGAUUGGCUUUUGUGGAUUGGCGCUGGAUGACGGCGACAUGUCACGCUGCCAUGUAGCUAAAGUAGGCAAUCCACAUCCUUGACAUUUGCUUUCCGAAGCACCAACAAGUAGCAUAAGUGUGCAAGGUUUUCUGCACCUACCAUGCCGAACGUUCGGCACGUCAACGUGUUUUAACGCUUUUUUAUAUGCGACCUGUUAAGAUGAUUGUUUUCAUUGUUCGAUUUUAUAUCGAAAUUCCCGUCCUUUCCGUCGGCACGAUCAUCACACCGUGGUGGGCUUCUGUAUGCAAUUACCUUCGUAAAAGCUUCCGACGCGUGCCAAACAACGCGCAUUCUGCCCGCAAAAGAAUGCACCACCAACAUUUACGCUUUAAGGUGCGAACAGAUCGAAUCGAAUGGCAAAACAGAACAGGAACGCUUCCAUCGAUCGGCCAACAUGUUCCGCUCGGUUAAACGUAGAAGGGCAAACUAGACGAUCCCUCGUUGGAUGACUGUGGAGCAGAACAUUAGCGAAGCUUACGAAACCAUCCCACGGGUGUGGACAAAUAUGUUCAUACUUAUUGGAAGACACGCUCGACACACAAUCGUACCAGCAAUUAGCUUUUGGCGGGAAUUGUUUUGCAAAAUGUAAUUCAAUUCGGAGCGAACGGUAGGCGUCGCGGCCUUGGGCUGGAAGCUAAAGCUGUUUAUACACAUCAAGUUGCAGACUUCCUUCAUAAAUAUUUCAACUCGAAUGAACUGGCGCAAGACUGGCAGCAUAAAUUAUCGAUCUUGGUGUCAUGUGCGAAGGUAGCGUUUGUCGUUGUGUGGUCGAGUCGGGUUUGGAAUGUUGACGCGUUUGACGCGUUUAAAUAAAACCAACUGAUUAAACCGAUUCUGCUGCGGUGGAUCAGCUCGAGGCGUCAGUCGUGCAGCGCAUCCGGAUAAAAUAAAAAUGUUCGCUUUAUUGCUUGUUAACAGGUGAUAAAGCUAAUUUUAAGCUUAGAGAGACUUGUUUUUUUUUUCUUCAAAUGUUUGGCCGAAAUCGAAUGAGGCGCCAGUCUUAUGAUACACUAACCUCACAUUACACACUCCGGAUAGCAAAACCAUGCCGUAUCGGAAGGGUGAGAAGUUAAUGAAAAAUGUACCUAAUAAUAGCGUUAUGAUAAAAAUCGCUAAAAUUAACCUAAUCGUUAAUUCACACUUGUUGCAUCCUGAAGUUUGAGGGUGGCGAGGUACCGAACACUUAAGAUGCUCCGUUACUUGCACGUUUUUAUUCUCCACACCAGGCGGUAAACAUUUACGAUCAUCAUUAGCGAUAAGUGACGGUUCCUACCAAACCACAUUAACUCGUUCCUGUGUUUAGGGGUAAAACCUCCCCUCCCCCCCACAACUUGAUGCAUCUUUUGUGCAAAGGAAGAAGAAAGAAAAAACAGUUUGUUGAACUCGCCCCCGUCAUCAAAACGGGUCGGGGUUUUGAAAGCAAGAUGCCGCUCACAAACGGUUAUGCUCCAGAGAAAACUCACCAUAACCAUAAAUGCGAUGUGCCGUGGUUUGCCUUAUAAAAUCAUCCAAGUUAGCCAGAGUGUCGGGGAUUUCUACUAACAUACUCACACACAUUUUCCCCACGUGGUACUCCGCACGAGCUUUGCGAUCAUCCGGUACGCCUGGCGGCUUUGCACUCCCUGUCUGUGUUGGUGUUUUUUUGCUGUUUUUGUUUUCCCUUCAGUGCGAAUUUUCUCCAUCAUCGGCAACAUGAUCGUUACCGGGCCGUCAUCAUGGCGCUUGAAGAUGCGCUACGUCUAAGUAGCUUCAAAUCAUACGCUUAAAGUAAGCUGCACCUUUGCUUGGAAGCAUGAAAAAUUGGAAAACUCGUCUGCCGGACAGCAUGUGUACUGGUUAUUGUCUUUUUCCUGCCUGUCUGUCUGUUUCGAAACACCAACCACCGCCAUCCGUUUCGUACUGUGCGUGUUGCUAUUGGUGAUAAACAUCAACUUCUACAAGUAAAAGACGAGUGACAACGAUGAGAGAAAAGCGCCGUAGAUGAAGAUCGUUAUGUCAAAAUGCAAAAAAAAGGCAGAAUUUUCCCUUUUACCGGAACCCGGAUUUUACUCGUUUGGCAAGCGGAAGUGAGCAUUAAUGUUCAUCUUUUUCCAACAUACCCGCAAUGAAUGAAUUGUCUGGCCGUGUUGAUUGGCAUCUUUCGCAUCAGAUUUCGCUCAGAUCUUCCGAUUCGGUUUGCUGGUCCGCGUAGGCAAACUUUCGCCUUUUUCCGUUAAAAUAACGGCCACUUGGAAAGGGUUGGUGUACCUGUACUGUUUUACUAGUAGUACAUUAGUUCCAGUUUUUUUUGGGGGAAUAUUCGUACCAUGAUGCUACUUUUCUCAAUUGUGCUUUUAGUUUUUAUCUCAACGAUCUGUAUGGAGAUUAUUAAAACAAAAACAUCGGUUUGUUUGCUACUAGUUUUACCCGAGAUGGUUAUUUUAUUUUGCAAAAGAAAAUUAAAAAAAAAACACCAUUCUCCCCCCAGUAGCUGUUGAUACAACUGGGAUCGCUAGGUGUAUGCAUUCAUAAACUUCAUACUUUUAUGGAGAUUGGUUGGUUCGUUAAAAAACAAUUAGUUGCCUAAUCGCUGUAUGUGACAUUCGUGCACAUAGUCCGGAACUGUCUGUACACUACUGGAGAUGAGUGCUUGCGUGCGUGACAAGAUCGUACACUGUGCUGAUUGCUGAUCAGCUAAUGAAAUGGUCCAGUUGUUCAGUGUGCAAACAUUUGGAUGAUGAUGAUGAUGCAAGGUAUGUCAUUUCGCAGGCAAAAUGUUGCGAUCCGUUCGGAAAGAUACAUCGCAAACGAGUGAAAAUGACAUUUAAACAACGUUUGUUAUCGUUUUCCAUUCGUAAUUACAAUCAAUUGCAAUGCUGCUUUAUUGAAAAAUAGUGAUCAAGCAACGGUUUUAACUCUCAUUUACUAUCAAAAGUAAUGGAUUUAAUGGGAGCAUAAAUAUUAUUUGAGGCUUUUCUCUUUUCCCAAUUUUUUUCCAAAAUAUUUUUUUAAGCUUUAAAGUAGAUUUGUUUUAAAAAUCAUGUAUAAAAAGCGGGUCUGAUUUGAACCACAUCAACCUCUAGAAAUAGUUAAUUACGAUCGCGAUACAAUCUCGAACACAAUUGCACUUGUAAUUUGGUAUGGAUGAUAAAACAAAGACACGGCCAGUUAGUGUUCAGCCAUGGCUGGAAACGUAGCGUUGCGUUUGAUUCUGACGCUGGUUAUAUUCACUGUUCACGUUUUAUGUGCCAAAAAGCCGGCUGAAAUUUUGCGUCAUUCGGUCACACGACACGGUUAUCCGGUAGAGCUCCAUAAAGUCACCACUCAGGAUGGAUACAUUUUGUCGCUGGUACGAAUUCCCGGCAAGUCCGAUAAAGCACCGGUACUGAUUGUGCACGGAUUGCUCAGCUCCUCGGUAGAUUGGACCGUACAAGGACCGGACAAGUCAAUCUCUUUCAUUGCCGCGGACGAAGGUUAUGACGUUUGGUUGGGCAAUGUGCGCGGCAACACGUUCUCGAAAGAACACAAAACCUUCAGCAGUAAGGAUCGGGAAUAUUGGCAGUUUAGUUUCCACGAGAUCGGAAUGUACGAUAUUCCCGCUAUGGUGGACUACAUUCGGAGUAACACUUCUUCCGACACCGUACACUACAUCGGACACUCACAAGGUGGUACAGUGUUCCUGGUGAUGGCAAGCAUGCGUCCAGCGUACAACAAAAAGUUCGCAAGUGUUCAUUUGUUGGCACCGGCCGCCUAUAUCUAUCAUGCUACAUCGCCGGCUGUUGAUUUUGCCAGUCGCAUCGAUGAGCUGGAAAUGUUUGCAAAGUUAACGCGAAGUUACGAGAUCGGUGGACGUGGUCCAGGUUCGUCGAUGGAUCUAGUGUACGCUGGACAUAAGACGGGUCUGGUACCGACGAGUUUGGUGCUAACGAACAUCUGGUACCUGGUGGGUGUACACGAUUCCAUCAAUCGUACAGUUUUGGGUGAAAUAUUAGCCAACACACCGGCCGGUUGCUCCGUCUAUCAGUUACUACACUUCGGACAAAAUUAUUUGGCCAAAGCGUUCCAACUGUAUGACUACGGACGGGUCGCUAAUAUGCAGCGCUAUGGCGCGAAAAUACCACCGGAAUAUCCGCUUCACAAUGUGACCGCACCGAUCAUGCUGUACUACAGUGCAGGGGAUAACUUUGUACCGCCGGAGGAUGUGGAAGAGUUGGCUGACCAGCUGCCGAAUGUGGUACAUAAGCAUCGGAUUGGAUUGCGCAAGUGGAACCACAUCGAUUAUAUGUUCGACGCAAGCGCUCAUCGACUUUAUCGAAUGAUUGUUGCUUCGCUGAGAAAUCAAUCUACGGAUGAAAACCGCUCGCAAGUGACACAUUGAGUAGUUAGUACUAUGGACUAAAAUAAAUUGAAAAAAACCUUGGGAUCUCUAUAGG